AUUAACGACAAACAGAAAAGCUUUAAUCCCCCAAGAAAAAUGAGCACUGCGGGUAAACUAAACUCAUCGAGCUCAGAAUUGGACUUGGAUCGACCUAAUAUCGAAGAUUAUCUUCCUUCUGGAUCCUCUAUUCAUGAACCUCACGGCAAGCUCCGCCUGCGUGAUUUGCUGGAUAUUUCGCCAGCCCUAACAGAAGCAGCUGGUGCAAUUGUUGAUGACUCGUUUACACGAUGUUUCAAGUCGAAUCCUCCUGAACCAUGGAAUUGGAAUAUAUAUCUAUUUCCCCUAUGGUGUUGUGGUGUUGUGAUUCGAUAUGGGAUUUUGUUCCCUGUCAGGGUUCUGGUGCUGACGAUAGGGUGGAUAAUAUUUCUUUCAGCGUACAUUCCUGUGCAUUUGCUACUGAAAGGACAUGAGAAGUUGAGGAAAAAGUUAGAGAGGUGUUUGGUGGAGUUAAUUUGCAGCUUCUUUGUGGCAUCAUGGACUGGAGUUGUCAAGUACCAUGGGCCACGGCCUAGCAUUCGACCUAAACAGGUUUUUGUGGCUAAUCAUACCUCCAUGAUUGAUUUUAUCGUCUUAGAGCAGAUGACUGCAUUUGCUGUUAUUAUGCAAAAACAUCCUGGUUGGGUUGGACUUUUACAAAGCACUAUACUAGAGAGUGUUGGUUGUAUCUGGUUCAACCGUUCAGAGGCAAAAGAUCGCGAAAUUGUAGCAAAAAAGUUAAGGGACCAUGUUCAGGGUGCUGACAAUAACCCCCUUCUCAUAUUUCCUGAAGGGACUUGUGUAAAUAACCACUAUACUGUGAUGUUCAAGAAGGGUGCAUUUGAACUGGGGUGUACCGUUUGCCCAAUUGCAAUCAAAUACAAUAAAAUUUUUGUUGAUGCAUUUUGGAACAGCAGGAAGCAGUCCUUUACAACGCAUCUGCUGCAACUUAUGACAUCAUGGGCUGUUGUUUGUGAUGUCUGGUACUUGGAGCCACAAAAUCUGAGACCUGGAGAAACACCCAUUGAGUUUGCAGAGAGGGUCAGGGACAUAAUAUCUGUACGAGCAGGUCUUAAAAAGGUUCCUUGGGAUGGAUAUCUGAAGUAUUCUCGCCCUAGCCCAAAACAUAGAGAGAGAAAGCAACAAAGCUUUGCUGAGUCAGUGCUACGGCGCCUGGAGGAGAAGUAAUAUAUAUAUUUGUGCUUUGGGUCCUCUGUGGUUUUGUUUAACCAAGUAGGGUCAUGAUAAUGCACUUGUCAUCCUUGUAAUUCAAUUGCAGACUUCGAUCUGUAGCAAUCUGUAAGGGAAUGGAUUUAAAGUAGAAGCAGAUUUUAAGAAAACUUGAUGUUACCGUUCUUUUCUCAUAGAUUUUGUUUUCAUCGGUACACAAGGCCAUGGGAAACGCUU